CUCCCUCCCCUUUUAGAAGCUGACAGGGUCAACGGUGCAGCGAGCUCCAUGGGCCCCUGCUGUUGAAUCCUUGGCCUGCAAUGAUCGGACUUUUAUUCUCAACGAGAUAUAUGGUCUUGGCCCCCUCUUCAUUUUAAUCUUUGUCAUUCAGCGUUCUGGCUGUCCAAGAUGCCAAAAAGUGUUUUCGAAAUGGCCACGCAGGCCCUGCCUCAAACCUGCCUGAGUACCGAGAAGCACGAUGACCGCGUUCUGGACGUGACCCUCCACUAUUUUGGCUGUCUGAAGGCCUCAGAGCACGAAGCAUAUUUCACCAGCCUGCCCCAGAAAUCCAAACGUCGCAUUGUGGAAGAAAAGUUACGAGUUCGACGCCUUAGAACGCAUUUCGAAGCUCGGCCAAAAACAGAGAAUGGCGUGGUGUUGAAGAAGUUCGAGAACAGUCUCAGCGACUGGCGAAAAUUGAAUCUAAGACGAGACCCGGAACCAGAGAGAUCACAGCGCUUGGAAGACCUCCCUGAUAUGAGUGUUGAUUAUGAUAUCAAAGCGUCGAUGAUAUAUUUCAAGAACUCGAGGCCAUUCGACGUUCCUGGAGUGGACAAUAAUUUUCCGAAUCAGAAGAUCUCUGUCAAGGACUUGCUGUGCGAUGAAGAGAACAAUCCUCUGAUGCAGUCAUGCAACGAUAACAUGAUUCGAUAUUUUCAUUUUCCAGCAAACAACAUGAUAUGGGUCGAGGAAGCCAUCGCGCGAUAUUACCACGAGCAAAGACCUAAGCCCGAUGACUUCAUUGCUCGAUUCAGACCCCAAGAUAGAACUAAAACUCAAAUGCUGCUUUCUCCCGAAUUUUGGAAGGGACAGCAGCAGGGCGACCGGGACUGUGAGGUGCAUGCUCGAUCCAUGAAACCACUUUGCGAAGCAAUCUCGAUCGACCCCAUCUCAACUGAACCAUCACCCAACAAUCUUGCACUAUUUAUGCCAUACCUUCACUGGGAAACUGACCGGGGGAGAAUGAAAGCCGCAAGCGUCGUGAAAGAAGCAGGCAAGAUCCGAUUCUCCAACAUGGCAGAAGUCGUAGACCAAGCAACAGCAAACGAACAGAAUAUUAAAACCGGUCACGUCAACGUGACGCCAGGUUCGAAAGGUUCAGACAGCAAUCUUUCGCUUCCAAGUUACAACGUUACCAAAGCCCCACUGAAUCUGCGGCGUGCUGCGUUAGGUCACCUUCUUCGUUUGGCUGCGAAUGUUUCAGAGGCUAUGAAUUCUCAUGUGGAUGAGAAAUUGAUGUAUGAGUAUCUGCAUGCCGAUCCCCCACUCCAGCCUCGGAGAACGUUGGAUCAGUCGUAUUAUGGCGCUUUGAAGAACACCGGGGCAAGAGACAGAGAUCAGGUAGUGUAUAGGGCAACGACUACGAUGCCACAUGAGUGUGAUAUGAUACACCCAAAGGAUAAAUGUGCAGGUUGCCAUGAUGGAAUCCGGAAGGUUCCUCGACUGAUAAUGGUGGACCAACUGUGGCUUUGGAUUUUGGAUGAGAAAACUAUAAUAAGCUGCUUCCCAAAAAGAUGGGGCAAGAAUCGAGCCGACUCAUCAGCAAUCCACAAAAGUAUUCGAACCCGGCUCAAAGCCGCUAGAAAGGACGAGAUCAGGACUGCUUUCGAUCUCGCCCUAAUAAUCGUGGACCAGUGCUCUCGAGUCUUCUUCGACCGAUCGCGAAUGUUUGAACGGCAACCAAACUUGGUAGAUCUCUUUGCUGACGCAAUUCGCGGAGUGACAUAUAAACAAACAGCUGCGUUCGAUCAAUUUCUGACAUAUACUCAUCUCGCGUCAAAAGAAUACAACUCCCGCGACAAAACCGGCAACUCAGCCACGCAAAACACGCUGCUAAACAUCAACCCAGAAGGCAACCUGCUCAAAGAAACGAAAGACAUUCUUGACGAGCUAAAUAUUAUGAGCAGAAUCAAGAUCCAGCAGCAGGAAGUAGCCGAGGCAUUCGUCAAGCACAUUCGACACAUCUUACUCCCUAAAGUCAAUGAUGCUAGGGAUCCCAACUUCGCUUUGCUGAGCGAAGAUCAGCUCCUGAGACCUGAGAAAAAUGAGGCUCUGAGGAGAGAGCAGUUGGAGAGUGCCAAGUGGACGUUGGUGAGGGCGAAUAAUCUUUUGGCUGGGAUCCAGAGCAGGAUUUCGGAGCUGAACACGCUGCAGGAUGCAGCUCGAAAUACAUCUGCUGCUUUGAAGGACUUGUUGACUUUGAAACAACAGCAAGCAGGCGUGGUAGAAGCUCGCGAAGCCGUCAAGCAAGCUACCGAAACGCUAAAGCAAGGACGAUCGAUCAUGCUGUUCACGGUUGUGACGAUCGUCUUCCUCCCCUUGUCGUUCUGUGCUAGCUUGUUCGGAAUGAACACCAAGGAGUUUAACGGUGGUGUGAUGACAUUGCGUGAAGAGUUCUACUACAUGUUCCCCAUCUCCGUCGCCAUAAUCGGCACCUCCUUCAUCCUCGCCUUCAGCCGCAGCGAAUUCCUAGCACCCUUCUUCUCUCUCCUCUGGGCAAUCAUUUCCCACCCAGCCCAUGUAGCCAUAACCUGGGUACUAACCAAGACGGGUCUGUAUACACUAUCUCGAGACUUGAAGGCCAAAGCGAAUGCGUUGAAGGAUAGGGACCACAAGGUGACGGGGAUAAUGAAGGCGAAUGCCAUGCGGGAGAAGAUGGAGCUGAAGGCCAUGAAGAAGCUUUGGAUGGAGGAUGCCGUGGAGAUGCGGGAGAUGGAGCAGAUCCCAACCCGGCCGAAGGAUCUUGAGAGGGGAGAAAGCACUGGAUCGGAAGUGAAUCUGAACCAGUUGUAUUAUAGUCCGAGAACGUAGUCGCGUAAUCUGUAAAGUAAUCUAACUGAAGUGC